CAGACGACCGUCGACUUAGGCCAGACGGUCAUCCAUCAGUGGUCAUUGGGACUAGAUGGUCGUCCAUUCAGAGAAGAUGGUCGUCUAGGGGUAGUCGUUGGGGGCAGACGGUCGUCCAGGAGUGGCCGUUGGGGGCAGAUGGUCGUCCACCUACACCAGACGGUC